UUCUUCAAUUUCUUCACCCAGCGUUUCGUGCCAAGCCCAGUCAUCAAUUGUUUCAAUCUGAGAUAUUCCUAUCUUCAUGUAAUCUGUGUUGUGAUCAGUAUAUAAAGACACAAAUGAGCAGUGGUGGAAGAGCUGGUAAACCCAAAGAGGAGGAACAAGAUGGCAUGUCCGUCCACUCUCCUUGCAAACCUCCCCCUUCCUCUGCUUCCUCUCUACCCAAGGAGCAAUCACAGGUUGAAUUGGAGCUGAGAUUGUUGGAAGCUCUUGAGAUUUACCCUCCAAUGAGGCUACAAGGAAUACAUCGCCACUUUGUCCUUUAUGGUCUGAUGGAAUUUUUAAAGAGGAAGUUUGACAGACACUUUUCUGCCGAGGAGGUUCUUCAAUUGUUGGAUCGAUUCUACAACAUAGAAAUGCUGAAAACAGAUGAUGAUGAGAUUGAUUUGCUUACUCACGAAGAAGAAUUUUCCUUGCCUCAGAGUUACUUUGUGAAGGAAGAACCCUGAACAACAACUUUUGGAGUAUACACAUUUUUUUCUUCAACCAUUGUUCAUCUUUAGAUAUGUACAGCUGGUUAUCUAUUCCUUUCCCUUCUUCCCGUUUUGGGAUAUUAUGUUCACGUUGACCCCGUUAAGUGGAGGUUCUUAUCGCGUGUCUGUUAAGUUCCACCGGUAGUUCUGGGAACUCUGAUCCAGUUGGAUACCUUCUGUCAUAAUGUAUUUAGCUAGCUAGACUGAUUUGGAUAUAAUGCACUUAGACUCGAGAACAUUAGAUCGAUGAUAGACCCACCAUGCAACCUCAAUCUGUUUUUUUUUGUUUUUUUUUUAAACUCCUACUGCUAAAUCAUACCAAUUUAGUGGGAGGAAUUUUCACUACCCGAGCGGCAAUGAGUGAGAUAAGGAAAAUGUAGUAGAAAGUGUACAAGUUUAUUGUUUGAAUAAAUAGAUAGAAAAGUACUGUUGUAGGAAAUUCCUACCUAUAAAAUGAAAUGAUUUAACUGAAUUGAUGCUGUGAUGCUGUUAAGAUGGUUUGGUUGAAUAGAGGAAAUAUGGUCUGAUAUUGGGGUGUAAA